CGGCAAGCAGAAGUCACGUGAUACGUGCCGCUGCUUGAUCAUGUGACAAGCAACGUGACUUGCCAGUUUCCCCCUGUAGUUGCAGCAGUCCUCAUAGCGCCCGGCUGUCUCUGAGUGAGAUCUGCUUACAGGCUUCAGAAUGAUGAAAGCAUGUCUGGCUGCUCUGCUCCUUGCUGUGAUGUUGAAGUCGGCGUGGUCCAGGGGCUGCUCUUCAUUCUUCUGCAGAAAAUCUCACCAUGUGAGCGGAGGAUCUGAUGCACCAGACCCUGGGAAACCACUAUUUCUUAGUCCAUACCUGGAACAAGGAAAGAUAGAAGAAGCUAGAAAGCUGAGCAUGGUGGGCCCUCUACCUGGAGCUAAUGUGAAGAGUUACUCUGGCUAUCUUACAGUCAACAAAAGCUACAACAGUAACCUCUUCUUCUGGUUCUUCCCUGCACAGACAAAACCAGAGAAUGCUCCCGUGCUGCUGUGGCUGCAGGGAGGACCUGGGGGCACAUCCAUGUUUGGCCUUUUCGUGGAACAUGGGCCUUACUUUGUCUAUAAAAAUCUGACUUUGGGCUAUAGGGAAUACCCCUGGACUUCUAGAUACUCCGUUCUAUACAUUGACAACCCGGUGGGUACUGGAUGGAGUUUCACUGAUAAUGAUCAAGGCUUUGCCAAAAACCAGGAUGAUGUUGGCCGAGAUCUCUACAAUGCACUGGUUCAGUUCUUCCAGCUUUUUAGUGAGUUUCAGCCCAAUGAGUUCUACGCCACAGGAGAGUCCUAUGCAGGAAAGUAUGUUCCUGCGAUUGGGUACUACAUCCACAAGAAUAAUCCUUCUGCCAAAGUGAAGAUCAAUUUCAAGGGCGUGGCUAUUGGAGAUGGUCUAUGUGAUCCUGAGAUGAUGAUGGGAGGCUAUGCAGAUUUCCUGUAUCAGACAGGCAUGGUGGACGAGCUGCAGAGGCAGUAUGUAAAGCAGCAGACAGAUGCUUGCGUCAAACUCAUUCAGCAGGAGAAAUGGAUAGAAGCUUUUGAGGUUUUUGACAUCCUAAUGAAUGGAGACCUUGUUCCUUAUCCGUCAUUCUUCCAGAACGCUACAGGAUGCACAAACUACUUUAACUACAUGCAGUGUCGGGAGCCUGAAGAUCAGGAGUACUUCAGCCAGUUUGUGACGCUGCCCAAUGUGAGAAGCUCUAUCCAUGUAGGAAACCUGACAUUUAACGAUGGGUCCGAGGUGGAGAAACAUCUUCUCCAGGAUGUCAUGAAGUCCAUCAAACCUUGGCUAGGUGUUCUCAUGGACAACUACAGGGUGCUGAUGUACAGUGGGCAGCUGGACGUGAUCGUUGCAGCUCCAUUGACUGAGCGCUUCCUACCCACAGUGAACUGGACCGGAGCUGAUGCGUAUCUAAAAGCUGAUCGCUUCUAUUGGAAGGUGCAGCCCAGUGACAAAGAGAUAGCUGGGUAUAUCCGGCAAGUGGAAGAGUUCUACCAGGUAAUUGUUAGAGGUGGGGGACACAUUUUGCCUUACGACCAGCCAGCAAGAUCAUUUGACAUGAUAGAUAGAUUCCUGUCCACGAAAGGAUUUGCCUGAUGCUGUCCUUCUGACAUUAAGAUGCUUGAAUCACUUGGUUCCAGUUUAUGCUUUCAGCCUUGAAUGAUUAUUCAUGAAUCACAACUAAAUCAACCUGAACACAGUGUUUGUAUACUUGACCAUUAAAUGACUCUGUAAAUUAUUAUUCAUGCGAAUGUACAGAUUUUCUUUUUGUGAAUCAGUUUUCAAAUAAAGUGAGGUUUUUAAACAAA